CAGCGAAGGAUGAGGAGCUGCUCCCUGCCACGGAGCGACAGGGAGAAGGAAUUACAGAACCCGAAGCCGAUCUGGGAAAUACCGAGAACCGACCGCUCGGAAAUGAAACGGGUGCCCCUCGGCGCGGGUCCGACUCCCAAGUGAACCUGAGCUGCGAGCAUCCCACGUUUCAGUGCAUCGCACAGACCCAGGAAUAGCUGUAUUGCUGGAUAACAUCAACAUCGGGGAGAAUAAAUUGGCUGCUUUCUGUGAUAACCCUCAGAUCUUCCCCUGCAGCUGAACACUGCGGCUCUGCUGACACUGGACUCCCCCUGCUCACUUCUGACAUCCAGUGUCAGCGGCCGGUGCUCUGAAGAUGAUCAACCCUCAGAUUUCCCUCCACUACAACUACACGGGAAAGCUGUGCCACCGUCCCAAUGGUAGCACGAGCCCUGGCACUUUGGACACCAAAACCAUUGUGUUCCUGAUCAUAUGCAGCUUCAUCGUGCUGGAGAACCUCACCGUGCUGGUCGCCAUAUGGAGAAACCACAGGUUCCACAACCGCAUGUACUACUUCAUCGGCAACCUGGCGCUGUGCGACCUGCUGGCUGGAGUCGCUUACCUGGUCAACCUGCUCCUGUCAGGAGAGAAGACCCUGCAGCUCUCGCCUGCUCUCUGGUUUGUCAGAGAGGGCAGCAUGUUUGUGGCGCUUGGUGCAUCGGUUUUCAGUCUCCUGGCGAUUGCUAUAGAGAGACACCUGACUAUGAUCAAAAUGAGGCCUUAUGACGCCAACAAGAACUACAGAGUGUUUCUGCUCAUAGGGACCUGCUGGCUGAUUGCCAUAUCUCUUGGAGCUUUGCCUAUUCUAGGCUGGAACUGCCUGGGCAACCUCCCAGAUUGCUCCACAGUUCUCCCUCUCUACACCAAGAAGUAUGUAGCCUUCUGUAUCACAGUUUUUAUGGUUUUGCUCUUAGCCAUGUCAAUCCUUUAUGCCCGAAUCUACAUCCUGGUCAAGUCCAGCAGCCGGAAGGUGAGCAAGCACAGCAACUCCGAGCAUGCGAUGUCCCUGCUGCGCACUGUCAUCAUUGUAGUCGGGGUCUUCAUCGCCUGCUGGACACCCAUCUUUGUCCUGCUCCUGGUGGAUGUGGCAUGUGAGCGGAACUGCCCCAUCCUCUACAAGGCUGACUGGUUCAUAGCAGUGGCUGUGCUCAACUCAGCCAUGAACCCCGUAAUUUACACUCUGGCCAGCCGGGAGAUGAGACGGGCCUUCCUGGGUCUGGUCUGUGGCAUUUGCUACAGGGGAAAGGCUUCUGUGAAUGGCAGUGGGAACAAGCAGUCUCUGGAGCCCAGCCGCAGCAGGAGCAAGUCGUGGAGCAGCCAGAACAACCCCAACCAGAGCCAGCAGGGCUCCAGGCAGGCAGAGCUGGAGAAGGAGCAGGAGAUGGACAUGGCCCAUGGCAAGGUCUCAGUGGUGGCAGGAGGGGCGGCCCAAACUGUCCUCGAGAGUGACAGAGAAAACUGAAAGAGGGGAGCAAGUAAUCUACAGUAAGAAGGUGAGGGUGGUCCUAAAAUACGCUCAUUGGCCUGUGCGGUGGUCACAGUGGACAGAAAUGAUGAUGAAAAGUGUUUUGACUGAUCUAGAAGAAAGGGAUUUCUUGACUGAAGUUCGGACUUCAGGCCUGGCUGCAGGGCAGCAGUUUCUCCUUUGUGCUUAAUGUUGAUAUAGCUGCAUCAUCCAUAAUCGGAAAGCUCAUUAAAAUGUUUGCACUUGACAUUGGCUUGAUGUAUGAAGCCAAUAUGUUCAAUGAUACAUUCAAUUUUUACUUUGUCAAGUACAGGUCAUAUUUCAUCACUCUUGCCUGACAACCAUGUAUCUCCAAAUUUGGUUAUUAUAUAUAGUUAACAGACAAAUCCAAUGUUGGUUGAGAAAAUAAACCAUUUAAAAAAACCUGAUGAAUUAUCUAAACACUUGCAGUGGGACAAAGCUUAAAAACAAAUCUUUUUUUUCCCCCCUGAGCUCAUGAGAAGCCGACGUUUUGGAGAUACGUGUUUUUUGGAGGACAGUGAUGAUAUGCGAGUGAACGGUGCUCUAACCCUUGACAGAAAAGAAAAAAAAACAUUUACCUCCGUGGUUACAGGUGUGACCACCCAAGAUAAAUAAGAAGUGAAAAGUCACCUGCCAUUAAUAGAAAGUGCAAUUAUAGUACUGCAAAAACAACGUAAUGAAGAAUGUUUGCAGACAAUUAUUAGUGUAAUGAUAAAAAAAUUGAAGUUAUUUAUUAUUCUAUGCAGUCUAUUCUGUAUGUUUGUAUUCACUAAUUCUACAGAAUACUGUGCAUUUACUGUAAUUAUAUUAGCAGGCUCAUGUCAGAGAAUGAAUGCAACUGAUGCAGUUCAUUCAACAGCAGUAGUUUUUAGCGACACCAGGGCUCCAUCUGCUGGUGGUGGUGGUGACGGUAGUCCUCCACGCUGAUCAGAUAUUUUCACGAUAUGCUGCAUGUUCAAUACAGAAUAUCUUCAAUCCCCGUCUUGGUAACAGAUUUUAAAAUUGUUACCACUGUGUCCCGUAUGUGGUGUUGUCUGAUUAUUCCGGGAGUGGAGAAGUUUUGUAUCAACUUCGAAAGCAUGAAGCUGGUACUCUGAGGAAACAAGUCGUGAGAGGCAUGUGAAUGCUGCAUGUGAACUAGAAAUACUUAACUAGAUGCAUUUGUUUAUAUGAUGCAAGAAUAUUAGGUUGGAAACGAGUGAAAAAAGAAAAAGAAAAAAAAAAGUAAACAUACUGCGUAAGGAUGAUUCACUUCGAACACCUUCAUGUGGCCAGUAGAGAGCACAGUUCGGCUUUGUUUCAUGCCUUGUGUCUUCCUCACACCCUUUAGAAAAGAAGUUAACAAGGGUUGGUUCACCCAAAAUAUAAAACAUAACACAUUUUUUCACUUAUUUGUAGCAGUUUAGAGAUAUCCAGAUAUCUGCAGCCAGAUUUCUGCCUCCACCCUAGAAGAAAAUUGUGGUUCUGGUGCACACAGCAUUAAAAAAACAUUUGGGAAAAUUCAGCUAAAACAUCCCUUGCCAGAAACAUAGUCCGUUAUUCGAGAUAAUUCAAAAUACGUCCCUGUGAACAGUUUUCAUCUGAACUUUUUGGAACAAAAGAAAAAGUCUGUAUUUAAACUUCUGAUAGUGUGUUCUAUGGAUUAUCUGGAAUAACAAGGACACUGUUUAUGGAUGUAUUUCUUAUAUUUAGUUUUCAAUGCUUUCAGUACAAUAAAAAAAAAAAAAAAAAUCAUCGGUUCACCUCUGUUCUACUAGGAUGGAAGCAGAAAUCUGGACAAAUUAAAAGGUAAAACUACGUGCAUUAGUCGAUACAAGGGAAGUAAAUGAAAAAACUUUUUUUUUUUUUAAAUAAUUUGGAUGAACAAACCCUUUUAAGAUUUUAGAAGACAUUGUGGUUACUGUGUCUAAAUUCUGCAUCAUAAAAUGUGUUACUGAUUAUUACAGAACAUACCAGAGAGGUUCUACACAUUCACGGUUUUAUUGCCAACAGUCAUACAGAAUAAUGAUAAACCCAUACAACCAAAAGAUUAAAUCUGUAAACAUCAUUUGGACUUGUUUCUUUGUUU